AUGUGCACGGUGCUGCUGGUCGUGAUCGCCUUGCUGCCGGCCUGGCUGGCGCCCUCGCUGGCGCGGGGUGUGGGCGCCGCGGUGAGCUUGUCUGAGGACCUCGCCGACGCCGCGGGUGCGAUCGCCCAGGUCGCCAAGAAUGCCGCGCUGCUGGUCUCGGACGUCGCCGUGGCCUUCACCAAGGGCACCAUGUCCGUGAUGCACGAAGCUUGGGCAGGAGUGGACUUGGCAGACACCUCGGUCAACGCGCCCGGCGCUCGCUUCCUGGUCAUCGGCGGAGUCGCGCGGCAAGAGUUCGAGGCGAGCGAGGUGGCGGCCACGCUGCGGCCGCUGCCGCCUGACUACUCGCAGUGGCUGUGGAAGUGCCGGUUCAAGACGGCCUCGUUCUUUGACUACUUCGAGUUCGAGGCGCUCCUGUUCCCGAGCUGCUACGUGGGGGUGCGCAUCGUCUGGACGCGCAUGGGCUUCACGGCUGUGUGGGCCAACCCUUUGUGGGAGCUGCUCGGGGUCGACGUGAGCUCCGAGCUGGCCCCCAUCGCCGCGCGCACCCGGGGCGCGAUCUCAGACGCGCUCGACCUGGACUGGCUCCGCGCGCCUCUCACUGACGACGAGGACGAGGCCCGUGUGACGACCCCGACGUGGUUUCGCUGGCUGCAGUGGGCCCGCCACUACGCGUCGUGGGCCAAGAUCGCUAGCGGGAGUCGGUGA